AUGAGUUACUUUGACGAAGGCGGGACGCUGCCUCCUCCUUUCAACAUCGUGCCCAGUCCCAAGUCGGUGUGGUACCUUCUCAUGUGGCUCCACACGCGGCUGUGUGUGCGGGUGCAGACCCACGGAGAGGAUUCCCACAAGUGUGAGAACCUGCGAGAGUUCACGGAGAGACAUGCCGACAGCCUGAUCCAAAACCAGCAUUACCAGGAAGUGAUCCGUAGCCUGGUGAAGAGGUACGUGGCGGCAAUGAUCCGGAGCGCCAAGACGGACGAGGGGCUCACAGAGGAGAACUUUAAGGAGCUAAAGCAGGACAUCUCCAGUUUCCGCUACGAAGUCUUGGAUCUUCUAGGGAACCGCCGGCCUCCGAGAAGGAACUACUCUUCCUCCAGCGAAACCACGAGAGACGACGGCAACACAGCUUCAGAAGACGACAGCGAAUCAGGCGACACAGGAGGAGGCGGAGAAAAAUCCCAAAAAUCAUCCAAAGGAGUUAGCUUCAUGGUCCCACUCGAGGAAGACUCUGGGGCAGGCUCCAAUUCAGGCGUGUCCGCGCUGGUGCGAUCGAUUUCUGUAAUGCCGGAAUCAGCUGGCGGUGGGGAGCAGGAAGAAGGGGUGGGAUGGGGUUUGGAAGAAGAGGACGAAGACGGGAAACCGAAAAGCAACGGUCUAAAAACAAGCGCACUGUCGACCGCCGCCGCCACCAUGAUAGCCUCCACCUCGUUCACAUCAUCCUUGGCGCGCGCGAGAGGCAGGCUACAGCAGAUGUCAACCACCAGCGGGAAAACGGACUCCUUCAAGCGCUUAUCAUACCUGUUUUCACGGUCCAAACGCAAAGCCCCGCCCGUGCCCUUGCCGCUCCAAACAUCCCCGAGUUUCACCAUCUCCGACGGCUUGUUGCGACCGCUGGGCAGCCAUGGACACGCCGAUUUCGGGCACGUCACGCGAAGCGAGCCGCACCUGCACGAAGUCGGGAGGUCGUCGGACAGCAUCGGAGCGGCGUAUUCCCCGUCACGCCGAACCAACGGACGCGAUUCCCUGCUUUCCGCUUUGCCCCGACCGCCGCCCUGCCCGUGCCAAUCGCUGCACUGCGCUUCCAACAUGUCGGAGUCCAGCGCGCGGCUUUUGGAUUCGAGCGAGGACGUUUUCCAAGGGGGAGGGGGGUUGGUCGGGGAGGAGGUGAGGAUGUCGCGGAGUGGGCGGGGCCUGUUGAUGGACGGGUGGGUGGGGCCUUGCGACGAUGUCAUCGAGGACAGCUGCGAGGUCAUAGAGGAAUCGGUGACGACGCAGCUAUAG